GGAAGGUUCUGCCCGCAAUAAAGAUGGCCGCCACCAGUGCUGCAGAUAGGAUCUGACUUGGUGAUUUGGAUUGUCACUUCCGGUCUCCACUGGGAAGCGUCACUCGAUGCAGAGAUGAGAGGGAAGUGGAGGGACUGAUACCGGAGCCGCAGGAGAUCCCUCCCCGGAGACAGAUGCGGAGCAUGGAGAAUGAUGAAUUUUCGGCAGCGGAUGGGAUGGAUCGGGGUGGGCCUCUACCUCCUUGUCAGCGCGGCCACUUUCUAUUACGUCUUUGAGAUCAAUGAGACUUACAACAGACUGGCUCUGGAGCACGUGCAGCCGAAACCGCAAGACCCCGGGGCGGGAGCGUCAUGGACACACUCCCUGAAGGCGCGCCUGCUGUCGCUGCCGUUUUGGCUCUGGGCGGCCCUCUUCCUCCUCCCUUACUUCCAGCUCUUCCUCUUCCUCUAUUCUUGCACCAGAGCUGACCCCCGCACAGUCGGCUACUGCAUUAUACCCAUCUGCCUGGCCGUCCUCUGCAACCGCCACCAGUCCUUCGUCAAAGCCUCCAAUCAGAUCAGCCGGCUGCAGUUGAUUGACACUUGAGCUUACGGACCUUGUCCCCCUGGUGACUACAGUGCCUCUUUUUUUUUUUUUUCUUAACCCUUGGGGAACCUUAACCCCCUGGCAGCUUGGGUAAAAGCUGGGUUGCGUGACUUGAACUCUUUUUCGCGAUGAUGAAUGGUUGUCACCUUCAUCAUCAUCAUCACUUCCCUCUACUGUCUGGGUCUGACGGGAUGGAGCCGGAGAUUUUCUAUUCAUGGCUAUGACGGUGACUGAUUGUUACAGUGAUUUCUAUUCUAUGAUGAUUGUUCAGAUCAAUGCCAGGUGUUUUCAGAUUAUUUUUUAUUUACUUGGGCUUAAUGAAUACAAUGCAAAAAAUGUGAUUAAAAACUGAAAAAAAUUUAAAUAAAAAUGUCCCUGGGAA